GAACAUGUUCCUCAUCAACUCGGGCCAAGCAUGGGAUGCUGCGAGGAAGUAUGUACUCUUCGGCAUGCUGAAGGACAAGCAGGGUGAAGUCGUUGGAACAAACAGCCCGCAGUACGACACUCUUGGUAUUGGUGAGCAGAUCGGUGGACCCUUGGAGGACUUGACUGGUCCUGCGCUGAACAACUUCAUCAAGUUUGUCGCCGUUGUUGGUUUCGUGACCAGUGACCUGUAUGAUGAGUUCCCGGAUAACACCUGGAUCUUGGGUAUCGGGCAAGUGUUUCUUAACUUCGGCUUGGUCAGCUUUUUCAAAUUUGGUCUCGCAGAAGCGGUCCGCCGGUUCGAGGCCUUCCUGCGCCGGCGCAGGGAGGCAAUCGAAUACGAAGAAGGUGUGGCCAUGCUCCGGGAGAUUGAAAGGCACGAGAAGAGGCUGGCCCAGAAGUUGGAAGGAGCAAAGAAGGAGGACGCCGAGUUACAGCUCGUGUGA